CUGAGCACGCAAGGGAGGAGGCCCCUGCCGCCCGGCGUCGCUCUCGCGUGAGCGCCGCUGCGCUUCCGUCGGUGGAGGGAGAAAUUGGUCGCGCCGCUGGAGCUUGGAGGGGAAGCGGGUGGCGUGCAGUGCCCAGUCUGGAGAGUCCUGGAGCCUCCGGUGGGUUCGAGACAGCAGCCGAUCGCUGCAGUGAGCUGCUGGCUAGCAAGCUUGAGCUCCAAAGUGUAAGAACACCCAAAUGUCUGUUAUACGGGGGAAAGGAUCAGCUCGUAAAUCCAAGCAAAUAAUUGUGAAAACAUCUUUGAACAACCCUUAUACUCCACAAUGGUGUACCCUGCCAGGAGAGGAUAUGCACUUUGUCUUGCAGGCCUUGGAAGAAGUCAUGAAACAGAUUGGGUUUAAAAAGAUAGAGGAUCGGAAGAGGAUGAAACCCUCCUCCAGAAAAAUGCGAGAGAAGGAAGAAUGUUGCAAUCAUCCUGGCAAAUUUCAGGAUGAGAAAGAGGCUGAUGAUCCAAAAGCACAUGGCUGGACUGAUGUGCAAAUCAGGAACCAGCUUGCUAUUGGGAUCAAUGAAGUAACCAGAGCUUUGGAAAAAAAUGAAUUAUGUCUUGUGUUAGUGUGCAAAUCUGCCAAACCUGCCUUGCUAACAUCUCACCUUAUCCCACUCAGUGCAAGUCGAGCCAUCCCUGCUGGCCAAGUGCCACGUCUCAGCGAAACAUUAGCCCCAAUGCUUGGAUUAACAUCUGUGCUGGCCCUGGGGUUUAAAAGAACUGCUGAUGCGUUUGCAAAGGUAGUUGAAAUGAUUAUUCCACGAAUUCCUAGUUUAGACGUGCCAUGGAUCCAGCAUGGAACUGAACCACCUUUAAUAAAUGAAGAUACUAAUUUGUUGACUGUUUCAGCUGCAGAAUUCACUGAGUCUACCCCAGUAGGGAGCUCUUCCAGUCACAAGCGGAAACUAACAGAUACCAGCCCACUUGUUUCCCCUACCAUAGCUCUGCAAACACUUAAAGUUAAAAAUAUAGUUCCCAAUCCAAAGAAAAGCCGGAAGCUUCCCAAAACUAAAAAACGUAUUUCAAAGUAAACUUGAUUUCUUCUUUACAUAUUGCAUUUCUGUUUGCCUGAAAGGUGAUGUAUAAUAAUGCCAUAUGGACUGAAUAGGAGCAUAUUUUCCAAAUUACGUUUGAAUUGGAAGUGGAGUGUGAAGGGUCAUCUUACAUUUGCUGUUGAAAACAAGGCAUUCUUGCUAAAAAUAAGUGUGUGCACCUUUGAAGAUUUGUUGUUAGUUAGAAGGGGCUGCUUACCCAGUGAAUGUAAUGCCUAAAAAAAUAGAAUCUUUUCUUCCCUUCCCUGUUCUCUCUUCCCCUUGUUUCAUCUUCAUUUUUGUUUCAUACUUUUCUCCUGCCUUCCCUUAACCAAUCUCCAGCCUGUAAAUUUCUUCUGCUGCCAGAACAAACAAGGAGAAUGUGUUAGUGUAUGCCAACAGAAGAAUCAGUUCAUUGUAUAAAUGGGCUAUCUUUCCAGGUGAUUUUUUAAUUAGGAAUUAUGAUUUCAAUAAAUAUAACCUUUUUGUCCUG